CUCGAGUGUCUAUGCUUGCGAGCAGCUGCACGUUCGUUUUGCCGGCGGUUGUUAUGACGCGAGUCGCGCGCGUACUCGCCGAAGCGAAGGCGAAAGCCUUCCAGGCUGCCCCCGUCAACCCCUCCCUUCUUCCUCUGACGACUUGCGCACUCUGCUCGAGUAUCAAGAUGCUCUACAAGCUACUUUGCGCAGUGCUCAUCGCGUUCUCACUGCAGUGGGCGCAAGCUCAUGUUGAGCUCCUUCACCCAUUCCCACUUCGAAGCUCGUGGGAUCCUGCCAACGAUUGGUCAGUAGUUCGCUACGAUCUGACCAACCCACUCGCACUCGACGGAAGUGACUUCCCCUGCCAUGGAGAUCUGUCACUCUUACGGCAAAUGCACGCACGCGACGAGCAAAAGGUGUCGGCGAAGGCAGCAAUCGCAGAUGCUAUGGUAUCCCCGAGCUCAGAUCUUACUCAUAUCACCGGACUCCUUGUGGCAGGCCAAAAUAGUACGUUCGAUCUGACCUGGGACACUCGUUCCGGCAGCGAGCCUUUGCAUGCCGGCGGUAGCUGUCAGAUCUCCAUCUCCUAUGAUCUCGGCAAGACGUUUGUCGUGAUUCACUCGAUCAUCGGUGAUUGUCCUGUGCCGGCUCAUUAUGAUGACACCGUCAACACGAGCGGCUACGAAUAUCCAGUACCCGCUGAUCUGCCCCCUUCGCCUCGUGCCAUCUUUUCCUGGUCCUGGCAAAACAAGGAGGGCAAUCGUGAACUGUACCAGACCUGCGCGCUCGUCGAGAUUCGGAAUGAUAGGCAAAGCCUCUCCUACACCGGACCCGUCAUGUGGAAAGCCAACAUCUUCGGCGAUGUCCAGUGCCGAACUAUUCAGGGCGAUGUGAUCUAUACUCAACCCGGCCCUUCGCUGGCGUAUGGACGUGUCUUCGCUGCCACACACGACAUUGCUGCUGGCCUUGUCAAAACACUUACGACUGCGCUGUCUCCCCUCGCCACGCCGCUGACAGCACCGCUCGGUUCUCUGCUCAAUCUGACAGCCCUACACGAUCGACGAUCUAAAGCGCUGAAGCCCCUCAGUCCUACCGUUAUGAAGCCGUGUACAGCGGUCGACAACAGCCGCCUUGCGACCGUCUUUGCAAACGGAACGUCUGUCAUGCUCCCCGCAGAUAGUAAGCAGUUUGCCAAGAGGCGCGACGAGCUCGCAUCUGCAACUACUUCCAGCACGCAUGCUGCUCAGACUGGUUCGCACGCAGUCGUCGUUUCCUGGAACAGCUGUACCCAAUCUUUCAUCGCAGCUGCCCAUCAAGCAUGCCAGACUGCUUUGACGAGUCCAGGUUGCGAUUCGCACUCUCUGACGGCGAGACGAUAGAAAUAGCAACAACAUUUUGCACCCGCUCAAAAAUCGUCAUCAUGAUCAUCAUCCGACUGAUUGCCCGAGUACCGACCACUACCACCAAUGAAAUCGUCCGAAUCGGACUCUGAGGCGUCGCCUUCCGGGUAGUCGUUACGAUAGAAAUCUUCGUCUGUUAUCGCAUCAGUCAGUGUCUGCAACCUUCAUUCAGAGUAUUUACCAUUGGAAUCCUCGUCCAUUUCAUCCUGCUCCUCGGAGCUCUCGUCGUUUGCGUUGACGAGACUGUCGUUGUCGUCAUCGACACCAGCUCUGCUCGCGUGUAUAAGCCUAUGACCGCGAGGCGUUUAGGUGGACGCACAGUGCGCCGAUCCUGGUGUGACCUCCAGCAG